AUGCCCAGGUCUAUUCUUCUAAGACUCUCGGACUCCGGCGAGCCUCUCAACACUGAGGCCGUGCACAAUGGAGUGUUGCUUCUACCAGCAUUGGCUCCCGCCAAAGACCACAAGCCAGGUGCUCCAUUGUUCACCUUGGUGGUUCGUCUCAAUGCUGCGUCACAGGUUUCAAGAAACGGAACCUUCUUGACGAAUCUCCCUACGGAUGCUCUGUCGAUUGUGGACAGAGACGAAUUCCAGGAGUUCCCAAUUGAGAGCUCUUUCCACCAGGAUAUCUCCAUCGAUGUGCCCAUCUACAGACCCGGUCCAUUCUGCUACUAUAUCCGCUACGACAGCAACGAGGGGCCCACGCACACUGCCAAGUACUACUUCACGGUACCUCCCCAAUUGUUCAUCGACAAUAAGUAUGUGCCAUUCAACUCCAUCAACAUUCAGUCGGUGGUUUCGAAAUGGGCCGGUCCAUUGGACGAUUGGGAGGCAUUGUUUGGCUACAUUGCCAAAAAGGGCUACAACAUGAUCCACUUUACUCCCUUGCAAGAGAGAGGCUCGUCGGACUCGCCAUACUCCAUCUACGACCAGACCAAGUUCGACCCUAAGUUGUUUUCUAGUAACGGGCAGGCUGUUCUGUUCAUCAAGAAGACCUUAGGCAGCAACGGGCUUUUGGCCAUGACCGAUGUGGUUUGGAACCAUACUGCUGACAACUCAGCUUGGCUCCGUGAUGCUCCCGACGCUGGUUACAAUGCAGAGACUGCUCCACACUUGCGUGCAGCCAUUGAGUUGGACCAGGCACUUAAGGACUUCUCCGACAAGAUGGGUGAGCUCGGUUUGCCCACUGAAAUCAAAUCCGAGCACGAUUUGGAUGUGGCCAUUGAAGGAAUCCAGAAGCACGUUUUGGACCCACUUGCGUUAUGGCAAUACUACGUGUUUGACACCAAGGAAACCAUCCUGAGCUUGCAAGACCUCUACAGGAGAGACAGCACUGAGCCUUUGCAGAUCCCUGAACACAUUGACGUCUCCAACUUGAGCCAGUUGGCUGCCUUUGUGCUCGAGGCUGCCAAUGUCAACCACUCUGUCAUUUUGGAAGAUCGUUUCUCCAACAGAUUAGACACCUCCAAGUUCUUGGGCAUUUUGUUGUCGCUCGUGGAUAAACUGGAAGUGAGAUUCGACCAGAUAUCUCAGAAGGCGGGCGAGAUUGUCGACGAGAUCAAUGUUGACUUGUACGCUACUUUCAAUGACGAUAUGCUGUCUGUGAAAAAUCAGCUCAAGGAUAGAAUUAAAUUCUUGAGAUUGGCUGACAACGGUCCCAAGCUUGGCCCUAUCACUAAGGAGAACAAACUCACAGAGGCAUACUUCACUACUUUCGAAGACAAGAACGGCAAGAAGUGGGCCUUGGCCAACAAUGGUUGGAUUUGGGGUGGUAACCCACUCGUCGACUUUGCCUCUUCUAGCUCCAAGGCUUACCUCAGAAGAGAGGUUAUUGUCUGGAGUGACUGUGUCAAGUUGAGAUAUGGUACCAAGUAUGAGGACUCCCCUCACUUGUGGGACAGAAUGUUCGAGUACACCAAACAAUGUGCCGAAGCAUUUGAUGCUUUCAGACUUGAUAACUGCCACUCAACUCCAUUGCACGUGGGUGAGGCGUUGUUAGAUUGUGCUAGAUCAGUCAACCCCAAUCUUUAUGUGGUAGCAGAAUUGUUUUCUGGAUCUGAAGAAAUGGACAAGAUCUUCGUGGAAAGGUUGGGUAUCAAUUCUUUGAUUAGAGAAGCCAUGCAAGCAUGGAACGUGGAAGAAUUGUCUAGACUUGUGCACAAACAUGGAGGAAGACCCAUUGGUUCUCUUUCUUGGUUGCCAUUGGACGAGUUCUCUUACCCAGCUGAUAAGGAGCCAAUUCCUGGCAAGUAUAGUGAGUGUAAUUCUGAGUUGGAGAUUCCAAAAGUUCUCUCUAACCAGGCUCCACAUGCUUUGUUCAUGGAUUGUACUCAUGACAACCAAACCCCCGCACAAAUUAGAACUGUGGAAGAUACUUUGCCAACAGCAGCUUUGGUUGCAUUCUGCUCUUCUGCGGUUGGAACUACUUUCGGCUACGAUGAGACUUAUCCAGCCCUUUUGGACGUUGUGGGUGAAACUAGAGAAUAUGGCUAUGAUUACAACUCCGGUAUUGGAAAGGUCAAGCUGCAGUUGAAUGCUAUUAGAAAGUCUCUUGCUAGCGAGAGUGAAGAUUCCUACAACGACCAGGAGAUGUACAUCCAUCACGAGGGUCAAUACAUCACCAUCCAGAGAUACAACACAAUCACUGGUGAAGGUUGGUUUUUGAUUGCCAGAUCCAAAUUUGAGCAGCACCAGGGCCACCAAGUGUUGUCUCCAGUUGAUUUGAAGGGUACUCAAGUGAAAUCAGAGUUCAGUUACACGUUGCGGAAGGCUGGAGAAUACGUCGAGAAUGACAAGACAUUGACUGGUAUCCCCACUAAGCUUGAUCAUCUUGAUGCCACCACCAUCGACUUCAACGGUAGCGAUUCGGUAAUUAGAGUGCACGACUCUUUUGCCCCAGGUUCUAUUGCUGUUUUCUCCACCAAGAUCCCAACUGCAAGUGCUAAGCUUGACAAGUUCGUGAAGGAGGGUGCCAUUGAAGCAUCUUUAGGUUUGAACUUGUUCGAUUUGAAUGCUAUCUUGUACAAAUGUGAACCUGAAGAAAGGGAUGCUAGUUCUGGACUUGAAGGUACAUACAACAUUCCAGGCUACGGCAAUUUGGUUUAUGCUGGAUUGGAAGGAUGGAUUGCAGUUUUGAAGGAUGUCAUCUGGAGAAAUGAAUUGGCGCAUCCCAUUUGCAAUCACUUGCGUGAGGGCUUAUGGGCUGCCGACUACAUUGUGAACAGAUUGGACAAGUAUGCCAAAGAGUCAAAAUCGUUGGGCAAAUUCCAGGACUGGCUCAGAUCUCGUAUCGACGCCAUCAGACAUGUACCAUACUUCUUGAGACCACAUUACUUUGCUUUAAUUGUUGGUGUGGCUUAUGAGGCUGCUCGUUUCAGAGUCUUGACACAGAUGGAUGACAACAUAAAGACCUCCACCAACUUUGUGCAAAGUUUGGCAUUGACUUCUGUGCAAAUGUGUGGAUACAUGAACAAUACUUCCUUGCUUCCAGAUACGAAGGUUCCAUGCUUGGCUGCUGGACUUCCUCAUUUCAGUAAUGACUACAUGAGAUGUUGGGGUAGAGAUGUAUUCAUCUCGUUCAGAGGCUUGUUGAUUGUUCCAGGCCGAUUUGAGGAAGCUAAGCAACACAUUUUCGGAUUUGCUAAGACGUUGAAACAUGGUUUGAUUCCAAACUUGUUGGACGCUGGAAGAAAUCCACGUUAUAAUGCUAGGGACGCCGCUUGGUUCUUUGCGCAAGCUGUCCAGGAGUAUGUCACGCAUGCACCUAAUGGUGAAGCAAUCUUAGAUGAGAAGGUUUCUAGAAGGUUCCCAUUGGAUGACACCUACAUCACAUGGGAAGACGAGAGAGCAUUCAGCUACGAAACUUCAAUUAGAGACAUCUUGUAUGAGAUUUUAUCAAGACACGCCAAAGGCAUCAGCUAUAGAGAGGCCAAUGCUGGGCCAAACUUGGACUCGCAGAUGACUGACGAAGGGUUCAAUGUGAGUGUCAAUAUUGACUGGGAAACUGGUCUUGUCCAUGGUGGUUCGCAAUGGAACUGUGGAACAUGGAUGGAUAAGAUGGGUGAGAGUGUCAGGGCCGGCAACAAGGGCUACCCGGGUACUCCAAGAGAUGGUGCAGCUGUUGAAUUACAAGGUCUCUUGAAGAGUACUUUGAGAUUUGUAAACCAGUUGAACAAACGUGGAUUGUUCGAGUACACUGAAGUGGAGAAGAAUGAUGGUUCCAAGAUCAGUUUGCGCCAAUGGGAGCAAUUGAUCCAAGACAACUUCGAGAGAUGUUUCUACAUUCCGGAAGAUCCAUCCAAGGACGGUGAGCAUGUUGUUAAUGGAAACGUUGUCAACCGCAGAGGAAUUUACAAGGAUCUUUUCCGCAGUGGAAAGGAGUAUGAGGACUACCAGUUGAGAGCCAAUUUCCCAAUUGCCAUGUGUGUUGCGCCGGAGCUUUUCACGCCCGAAUAUGCGUUGACAGCUAUCGACAGGGCUGAUACGAUUCUCCGGGGCCCAGUAGGAAUGAGAACGUUGGAUCCAUCGGACUGGAACUACCGACCUGACUACAAUAAUUCGGAGGACAGUGACGAUUUCGCAACUUCGAAGGGCCGGAACUACCACCAGGGUCCGGAGUGGGUGUGGUGUUUUGGAUACUUUAUUCGUGCCUUCUUGUACUUCCACCAUUAUGCCGACAAGUCAGGCAAGAACCAGAAGCCGUCGAUUGAAGUUUUGACUGCGCUCAAUGAGAGAAUUAAGGGCCACAUCAAGUGGAUCCGCGAGAGUCCAUGGGCGGGCAUAACUGAGUUGACCAACAAGGAUGGAGCGUUGUGUCACGAUUCGAGUCCCACACAAGCAUGGAGUACAUCGUGCUUGUUAGAUUUGUAUUACGAUCUUUGGAAUGCCAAAGCGUAUGCUUGA